UCUUUUUUUUUAUAUUUUUUUUCUUCCCCGCAACUACACACCUAUUACACCCCACUCUUCUUCCUUUAAUCAAUAACAUGUUGGCCGCCUCUCGUAAAGCCAUUAUCAGCACUGCCUCCAAGGCUACCUACGCUACCGCAGCCACUGCCAGUCAAAUCAGCACUGCCUCCAACGGCGUCAAGGUUGUUUCCAGCCAAGAGCCUGGUCAAACUGCCUCAUUAGCUGUUGUUGUUAACGGUGGUGCCAGAGCUGAAUCCAGCGACAAUGCUGGUGUUGCUCACUUUUUGAAGAACUUUGGUUUCAAGAACAAUGUCAACCGUACUGCUUUCCGUAUUGCUCGUGAAGCUGAACUUGCUGGUGGUGUUUUGUCUUCCAACCUUUCUCACGAAGCUCUUGUUUACUCUGCCGAACUUUUAAAGGACGAUGUUGAAUUGUUUGCUGAAAUUUUGGCUGAUGUUGUCACCAAGCAAAAGUUCCAAGAACACGAAUUCGUCGAUGUUGCUCGUCAAACUGCUGCUGAAUCUGCCAAUGCUUUCGCCAACGCUGAAAUCAGUGCCAUUGAAGCUGCUCACCAAACUGCUUUCCGUACUGGUCUCGGUAACUCUAUCUUUGCCAAGCAAAAUGCUCAUGUCAAGAACGCCACUGUCAAGGCUUUUGCUCAAGAACUUUUCACUCAAGGCAACGUUGCCCUUGUUGGUACUGGUAUUGAACACGAAACCCUCCAACGUUUGGCUGAAACCUACUUGAACCUUCCUGCCGGUAAUCUCAGCUUGGCUAGCACCAAAUACUAUGGUGGUGAAUCUCGUAUUGAAUCCGUCUCUUCUACUGGUGAAUACAUCUUGGCCUUUGAAGGUGCUGCUGCUAAUUCUGCUGAAUUUGCUGCUCUCCAAGUCCUUCGUCAAGCUCUUGGUGGUGAAGCCAUCAUCAAGAACGCUGGUGUCUCUGGUAUUCUUGGUCAAGCUUCUGCCAAGUUCUCUGAAGGUACUAACAUUAAGGCUUUCAACUUGGGUUACUCUGAUGCCGGUCUUUUUGGUGUUCAAGUCUCUGCUUCUACCUCUGAAACUGCCUCUGCUGUUGCUGCUGCUGCUGAACAAUUGAAGGCUGCCAAGAACCUUUCUUCUGAAGAUUUCAACAGAGCUGUUGCUCAAGCCAAGUUUGCUGCUACUGCUAACAUCCAAACUCGUCUUGACCGUGCUGAAGCUCUUGGUGUUCAUGCUCUUCAAAACGGUAAAUAUGCUUCUACUUCUGAAGCUGUUGCUGCUAUUGAAAAGGUUUCUGCUUCUGAUGUUGCUCAAGCCGCUGAAAAGUUAUUCAAGAGCAAGCCCACUACUGUUGCCCUUGGUGAACUUAACCGUUUGCCUUAUGCUGACUCUGUCUCUUUGUAAUUUUAAAUUAAAUCUGAAAUAUUUAUUAACACAAAAAGACAAGCUUUUAAAAGAAAGAAAGAGAAAAAAGUGUAUCUUUUUUUUUUGUAAAACCUAUAAAAAAAUCAAUGGCAU